GCUAACUAUAAAACGAAAGUUUCGAAGUUGUGAAGUUGUCAUUGUCAUCACGGCUAGUAAUAAAUUGUGCCUAAAUGUCAUCCAGUAAAUAAUACUGCUUCAAUGUGUGACAUAUCUGACAAACAAACUGCUAAACAGGCCACAGUGUCCGUGCCUAGCACCUGCAUUCCUUUUCUCAGAUGUUACUAAUCACCCAAUCAAUUGUAUAGUCUGGAAUCAUGAAUUUAUCCAAGUUACAUGUUAAUAUAGAUAUUAGGUGGAAACUUAUAGCAUAUGUGAUUUUUCGCUCUAAGCAGUCUGCCUACAACUAUAAAGGACUGAUGAUUCGGCCAGAUGGCUUUGUGUCAGCCGGUCAAUUCGUUAAACUUUCACUAUGAAUUUGUGUUGGGGAACUGGUCUGAUGUGUCAGAUUACAACUCCUGUUAUAAAGUAAAACAUUUAUGUGGCUAAAAUGUCUCCAAGUUUCUCAGAGAUGCUGUUAUAUAAUGAAUCAAGCCAGUCAUCAUAGUCUGUUUCAUGGUAUAACGUUGACAAUCUGGUCGUCUGGGCUUAAAUUAUCUGGCUGCAGUAUUUAGACUUUAUAGAUGCAGGUCUUUCUUUCAAAAAAGCUUAAAAUUACUUAUUAAAUAUUAAACUGACGUUUUUAUUCCAAUGGCAGGUAAUUGGAUGCAUACUAUCUCCCGCCAAUUGUGAACUGUAACGGUACAUCUACUCACUAGUGUUAACGUGGGUAUAAUGUCUGCGGAUGGUACAUGUGGGCCAGCACCCGAAGUGUACUUUUUCAGUACCUAUCGGCAUGUGUUCGAACUUACUGUGCUUGUAUUGAUGUCCACAUUUGGCUUAAAAUGUGUGAUAAGACUGUUCAGAAGAUAUAAAGGAGAGUUUCUUCGAGCUGGAUUCUCUGGUAUUGAUAUGAACAAGCCCACUAAACCAACACUUCCCGAGGCUCAGGGGGUAAUAUGUGGUGUCGUUUUCCUCUCCAUUAUGUUCAUCUUUAUACCUGUUCCGUUUUGGAAAUACCUUUUCGGUAAAGGUGAUAGUCAGCAAAUUGAAUCAUGUCCUUUUAACAGAACCGGGGAACAGCAGGAGAUUAUGUUCAAAAGUCAGUUCAUUCAAUUUCUUGCUGGUCUGCUGUCAGUAUGCUGUAUGAUAUUCUUGGGCUUCGCUGAUGAUGCUCUCAAUCUCCCAUGGCGUCACAAAAUUGUUUUUCCGUCUGUUGCAAGUUUACCAUUGUUAAUGGUAUAUUUGGCGAAUGAGGGAACAACUCGGAUUGUCGUACCAGUCAUGUUUAGAAGUAUCUUUGGCACUAGCAUCGAUAUCGGUAUUCUGUAUUAUGUGUAUAUGGGUUUAUUGGCCGUGUUUUGUACUAAUUCCAUCAAUAUCUACGCUGGAAUUAAUGGUCUUGAAGUUGGUCAAGCAAUAGUGAUUGCCUCUUCUUUGAUUUUGUUCAACUUAAUUGAGAUUACAAGUCAACAUUGGCGUGUUCAUCUGUUUUCCUUGUAUUUCCUGAUCCCAUUUUGGGCUGUAUGCUGGGCAUUGUAUUGUAUUAACCGAUAUCCAGCAAAAGCUUUUGUUGGUGAUACAUUCUGUUACUUUGCUGGAAUGACGUUUGCUGUUGUGGGUAUUUUGGGACAUUUCAGCAAAACAUUGCUACUAUUCUUUUUACCACAAAUAAUCAACUUUCUGUACAGCACUCCUCAGUUGUUUGGAUUGAUCCCUUGCCCACGACAUCGAUUACCUCGUUAUAAUCCUACAGAUGGUCUGCUACAUCCUAGUCGUGUUCGUUUCCAUCCCAAGUCUCUAUCACGUGCUGGAGAGUUCGUUUUAACAGUGUUUUCGCGUGUUGGUAUUAUUGAGUGUAAACUUUGUUCAGACUGUGUACCAAAUACACACGAAUCAAACAGGACUGAAAAGAACACCGAUACUGCUCCACAGACUCCUGAACAUCAGUCUGCAGAAGGUGAUCGAAAAUUGGGAAAUCGAUCACCAAGAAGUAGCAGUCCAGUGCAUAUGAAGUCACCAACUGAAGAAAUUGUUGAAGUAGAUAAUCUUACUGUCAUAAACAUGAUGCUACGUGUUUUGGGACCUAAAAAUGAACAACAGGCUACAAAUAACCUUCUAAUUUUACAGAUUCUGUGUUCCUGUUUAGCCUUCGCCAUUCGUUAUCCACUUGCUUGGUUCUUUUAUGAUGUACCAGCAUCACCAGCAAAUUGAGAAGAUGAAUCUACACAGCUUUUGUGCAGUGUGAGACAGCCGUAUGAUUGUCCCCCAUUCUUUAUUUUCUCUCCCAUCAAGGCAAUAGAUACUUUCUGACGAAAACGAACACAUGAGGUGUUGUGUUCAUUGUAAGGAAAAUUAUUUAGAGCUAACUAGUAUAUAUGUAUGCAUAUAAUCUACUGUUACUAAUUUCAUUAUACUACUAACCAACCUCAUCUACACACACACACACACUACUGCACUCAUUGUGUACAUCAGUUUCUUCGUGUACAUCUGCUUUCUUUUCACAUUUUGUUAAUAUAUACAUAUGUAUGAUUUUGCAAUGAGGCUUGAGCUUAUUAUCCCUCGUCACUCUUUAGAAAAAGAAAAAAAGUUGAUUUAUUUAUCUUCUAUCUUGUUGUAUAUUCCUGAUUUUGUAGCGACGAGGAGACUAUUGGUGGGAUUUUUGUCUUUGUCGUUGACAUACACACACACACAUUGUCUGCACAACAACCUCUUCUGGUUCCCCUUUUUUGUUUUCCUUCUUCUUCCUGUUUUUUUGUAUUUGCCUGCAUAUUUUCAAGGCGCAUUCUCUGUGUUAAGCAUUUUUGUGCGUGGUUGCUUCCUUUCUCCCUUCCGUGUGAGUGUGUGCGCGUCUUUGUUGUGUAUGCCUUAUGUAUCGCCUAACUCACCUAAAUGAUGAGGGUGGCUGGGUGGGUUUUGGUUAUUUCCUUCCCUCUGUCACAAUAUAUAUUGACUGUUUGACAUUAUUAUUGUGUAGUACAAUAGUAAACUUGUUAUUCAAAUAUUCCCCAGAAUGUUGUUAUAUAUACAAACAGGCCGUUUUAAACAUUUAAAUUAGAUGAUUUAAUAAAUCAAAUUCAUGUUAGUCAACCUUUAAAAUGAGUAGCUACUUGAAUCAAAGAUUUUCUCUUUGUGUGUGUGUGUAUGUGUGUGUGUGCGAGUUUUAUGUGUUUUCGGUAACAUUAUUCUUCAAUGAUUCUAGCAUACUUUAAAAGAAAAACAAAAUUCUGUUGGAUGUUGCAGUAAGUAAAAAUAAAUACUUCAACGCCAAAAAAUGUUAAUUGU